UAUAGGUUAUCUUAUACUUAACCUCAAAAUACAAAAUAUUAUUACAAUAACAAAUAAUGGAAAUCAAGAAGUUUUUUAUAAGUUAUUAGGAAUGACCCUGUUGAAACUCCAAAUCAUUGGUUUAUAUGUUUCAUCUUAAAUUUUUAAUUUUAGUCUAGAAUGUUAUGAUUAUUAAGAAAUCCUAAUGUGAAAUUGUGAAUUCACACAAAUUCACUUGUAAACCGAUUAAAUGGUUUUGUGAUUACAAUGUCUGCACAGAAAAGAGAGAAUACUGUUGCGCAGUUGCCGAAGUCAACUAUAAGAUUGCUGGCAAGCUCUCAGGUGAUCACUUCAGUAACAUCUGUUGUUAAGGAGCUAAUGGAGAAUUCUCUUGAUGCAGGUGCUGUCAGUAUAGAUAUAAGACUGGAAAAACAUGGCCUUGAAAAAAUUGAGGUGAAGGAUGAUGGCUGUGGUAUCCGAGAAGCUGAUUGUACGUGUAUGGCGUUGCCACAUUUCACUUCAAAAUUGAAAUCAUUUUCCGAUCUUGAUGAACUUGACAGCUAUGGAUUUCGAGGUGAGGCUCUUCACUCAGUCUGCUCAGUGGCAUCAGUCUCCAUCACGACGAAAACAAGUGAUGACGUGACAGCCAGGCGAUAUAGGUUGGACAAAUGCGGCCAAGCUGUUGGAUUCGAGUCUGUGCAUGGUCUCAAAGGUACAACGGUUAGCGUGACCGACCUUUUCAAAAAUCUUCCAGUAAGGCGACAAGUGAUGAGUUGCUCAAAGCGAAUGAACGACGAACUGAAAAAAGUAGAGAAUAUUGUCAAAUCGCUUUCAGUGAUCAACCCUGGCGUGAGAGUCUCGCUGGCUCACAAUAAGUGCUUAAUCUGGCAGAAAACUGCCGUCAAAGAUUUGAGGCUUUCAGUGAUGCAAGUAUUCUCCUAUAACCUUUCAAAGCAUUUGCAUCACAUUGUUCAUCAUACCGACAAGGUAUUAUUGAGAGAUAGGAUUUUAUUAUGCAUGGUUUUUGUUCAAUCUGUUCAACAUCUAUUGAAAUUUCUUUUCAUUCCACAGGUUCUCUCUGAGGUCCUAUCUAGAUCCUUUUGCGACGACGUAUCACCAAACAAAAGUGUUAUGUGUAUUGUUGCCCUCAAUUUGCCACCUGAUAGACUCGACAUCAAUUUGGAGCCCAACAAAACGAAGAUAUUCAUCAAAGAUAAGGAAGAAAUAUUAAGCUGCUUAAGUGAGCAACUAGAUUCAUACUAUUCGCAGAAAAACACUUCAACAAAAGUUGAGAAAGAAGUUGUUGAACCAAAACCAAAGAAGAAGAGAAUGGAAGAGCCCAAAGAAAGUAUUGAAUUGGAAAAAGUGGUGUUGGUGAACGAUACUCCAGAAAUGAGAAAUAACACACCUGUGUCAAACCAGGAAUUGCGAUCUUCAGCCAUUAUUAACACACAUAAUAACAAUACUCCAUUACAACCCAUAAGUAAUCAAAAUAUAGUAACACAAGAAAAUAGUGUUCCUUUCAAAAACAAAACUAUAGAUAACUCCAUGAAAGAAAGUCGGAGUCAAGAAAUCAGGACUGCACAGAAUCUAUUACAAGAAAUUGAAUAUAAACCAUCCACAGAAGACACUACAUCGUUACAUGACGAGCCUGACACAUCUUUCUUUGAAAAAACAUCAACUCCACAUUCUCAGUCCACUGAUAACAAACUAAUUCUGUCAGAAGGUGCUGCCAAUCGUCAGACAAACAACAGCAUCCCACAUGUAAAUUUGAAAAACAGCAGCUUCUCAAACGAAAGAAUAGAUCAAUCAAUAUUUCCUCCAAAAACAUUUGGGGAACCUAUAAUUGAGCCAGUUUUACAGCGAAAUGAAGAAAAUGGAGGUUCAAGUGAAUUGAUAUCCGCGCAAUAUCUGAACGAUUUUUUGGAUAUGGAAGAGAAUUUGUUUCAAAUGAUUAAUGAUGAGCAGCAUACUGUUACUGCUCCUGACAACCUCAGUCUUUCUCAGUGGAGUAAAGGUGGUCUAAUUUCUGCAAGCGGUGAUAAAAUUAUGGGCUCUUGUGUGCUCAAACAAACUUCUACUGAACCAUCAAAACAAUUGCCAGAAACGUUCCUCCAAGCCAACACUGAUUCUCAUUUAGAAAAUACAGAGAAUUCCGUUCCAGCCGUUAACUGUGUCCUAGAAAAUGAUUCAAAGCUCCUCCAAGAACCAGUAUUAACAAAAUGCAAUCCACUUCCAUUUGAGAAUGAGCACAAAACACCAGUUCGUGCACGAAAAGUUGAAAGAUUAAUAGUAGAUGAAGCUGCUAAUAGUCCAGCAUCAUCAUCGGAUGAUAACAAAAGUGUUGCAUUGGAGAGGAGCGUCAGUAGCCAAAUGGGAAACAAGAAAAUGUCCGGAUUUACAGCUUUUGCAAGGCAGAUGAGAUCUGAGAUUUUGAAAGAAACGCCCGGAAUUUCAUUUACUGCAGUAGCUGGCAUUCUAGCAUCAAAAUGGCGUAGCUUACAAGACAAUGAAAAAGAAAAAUACUACUGUAUUGCUUCAAGUAACAAAAAGAAGAAGUUGAAAACAGUGGAAACAGUUGUGAAGAAAGAGAGUGUAAAAUCGUUUUGUGAAACUCAUGAGCUUGAACGAAAUUUCAUUGUCAGCGAUGCAUCCAUGGAAUUAUUGGCUAGUGCAUCACUAAAUGUGAUUUCUGAAAACAGUUAUUGCAGAGUGGUUGGACGAAUAGAAUCUUCUGAUGUUUGGAUUUGUAGCAGAAUCUGUCAACAAGGCUCUCCCGAAUUAGGAGCUAUCAAUUCAAAACUUCUCGAUGAAGCUCACAGGUUCAAACAGAAUAUGGAUAUGAUGGAAAUUUCUGUUGAACCGUUGGAAAGAAGCAUCGUAAUUAGCCCAAGAUUCCUUACCGAAAAAUUAUGGGACGUCCUGCUGAGUCUAGAAUCCGUGCCUGAUGCAAGUGGAGAGGGAAUUUCAAUAACUGACAAAAGAAUUGUUAUGAAUGGAUUUCGUAUUAAAAUUUCAAAACAAGAGAACGUUUGCGCUCAUUUGACUGGCCUUGCUCGACAUUUAAUAGAUGCGUAUGGUGCGGAUGAUGUAAAAAUGACAUUAGAACUUAUUGAGAAGCAUGGAGUAGAUGAUUGCUCUUUGGCUCAAAGUAGAUGCCCUAUUGCGAGGAAAUAUAUUCGGAGCGAGACGUCGCGUCAGUGCGCGCAGAUGAUGAAUCGUGACAAGUUGAAUGAUGCUCAUGAGCUCGAGAAUCGUCUCAGAAUGCUUGAAUACGACAAGUCUACUUGCUGGCAAUCCUUCUACAAAACAUUGCAUGUUCUACAGUAAUUCAUGACUCGAAUAGAAAGCUCAUUUCCCAAGGGCUUCUGUGAAUAUUGCCGAGUUCGAAAUUCAUUUCAAGAUCUUGAAUAUAAUUAUUUUUGUACAAUCUUGAAUUAUUUUUUGAAUUUCCAUUGUGUCUGUACAUACAAUAAAAGUGCAUUUAUUAUA